GCCCUUCUGCGCCAGACUCUGCCGUCGAGUGACCGAGAGAAGGUCAACACCGUCGCCGCCGAUCCACAAAUGGGCCCUUCGAACCACUGAGCAGCUCUUCUGCCAUCCGAACCUUCCAACCGCACCAGCGGCCAACAACAGCCUCCCGAUCUCAAGCCAAAGGUCCCCACGGUUUUUAUCCAUCAGUUAAGCGGUUUUCCAUCUCAGGUCGGAGAAAAUGGCAGCAAUUCCAUCAAGCGGCUCCCUCGUUGCCACCCAUGAUUACUACAGAAGGCGCAUCGGCUCCACCUCCAGCAGCAGCUCAUGCAGCAGUGCUGAGUACUCAGGAGAGGUCAUCCCACACCACCCUGGACUUCCGAGACAAGACUCAGGGCACUGGUGGACCUCCUUUUUCUUUGCAAAACCCGGAGCCGAAACCCCAAAAAACGGAAGCUACACAUUGGCCAAUGGUCAGGUGACCUGCAUCGCAAGGGAAAUGCUUCUGAAGCGACAGCUCAGCGAAAGCGGCGACAUCGGGAAGUCUGAGGCCUCAAACCUGCCUCCGCCGGCCUCCUCCUCUUCCUCUUCCUAGACGCCCUUUGCCCUCAUCUUCAUCCUCCUCCUGUGGUUUUGUCACUGCCAACUUGCUAUCGCGGUCCAGAUGGAGAUGGUGGUGGUGACGAUGACUCGCUUUUUUUCAGUAAAUAGAUAGCCUUUUUGUUUUUGCCUGUAUAGUUUUAUUUGUACGACGACCAAAACAAAAACAAACAAAAAAACAAGGUAAUGUUUUUCAUCUGUUUUCUUCUUGUGAUUUCCCAUUGUUGAUAAAAAUAAAAAGAUAAAACUACA